CUUUGACAUAUCUCACUUUAGAACUUUUAUAUAUUUUUCGAAAAUAUGAGCUUCAGAAAAUCUGUAACGGAACGCUCCCGCGAAUCAAAGAAUUACAAUCUUUACUGCAUCAAUUUUCAUGACAGCGGUCUGGAGACAAUUAAAAAUGUUUUUAAAAGCCAAGUACAGACCGGACUACGCCGCCCUGUCUUUAUAAUUGAUACCGAUGAAAUACACACGGAAUUGGAAUCCGAAAAAAGGAACUCCCAAGAUUCGAGAAAAAGUUUAAAACAAACCACAUGCACUCGCGUUCUACAGGCCAUACAAACUUGUUGCCAACAAUUUGAUUAUGUUAACAAGAAAAUAGCUGAGGAGCUCAAAUUUGACAUUUAUCAAUAUUGGCUGAAGGAUAUUGAGGAAAAGGAAAGGGCUUCCACAAUUGAUGCAGCAAGUCAAAGAGAUAACACGUCACUGAAUUUAAAGGAGUCGGGUAAGAUGAGUGCAAAAAGGAAAUCCAAAGUAAAUAAAACAAAACGAGCUUCCCGCAAAUCGGAGGUGAGCACUAAAAAUGAGGGAAAGAAUGAAAAGGCUGAGGAGGAGUUGUCUUGUAUCCCCGUGGUUGUGAGGGAACACAAUCGUGUGGGCCAACCUGAAAUGUUGUCUAAACGAAAGUACAUUGAAGAUAAUCCCCAAGAUGGGAAGUUGUAUAUUAUACUUCUUGGUCAAUUCAAUGAUGAUUUCUAUUUGGAAUUGCUAAGAUAUGGUCAGCCAAUUCUUGGAAUCAUGAAUUUCAUUCCCACGGAAAGCAAUUACGAUCUGCUAAUAAACAAUACAAAAUUGCGUUCAUUUAUCGAAUCGACAUUGGAAUCCAUUGGCAAUUCCACCUAUGAAUUCCGCCAGAUAGUGUCAAUGAAGCCUGUGGGUCUCUUCACACAUCAGUUAUCGAUUCUUUCACCCUGCAUGGCGAGCAAAUUGCAAAGAGAUAUUUUUGAUCAAUUUUCAUGGUCGGUUUAUGAUAUUGAGAUGUUAUAUCACCAUUAUGAGCUAUACUACUAUAAACCAUUUCACCUUUACAAUGUAAACCUACCCUUGGAGGUGGAUUUAAGAGAAACCCAAGAAAUUGCAGAAUCCCUUAAUUUGCAAGGACAUUUUCAAAACACUACCCUAUCCGGCUCUAGUUCGGAUUUCGCCAACAUUGCCGUGUAUUUGAAUAGUUUGCUGAAUACUUGUGGCCCUCUCGAUCUAAGUUACAAUGGCACUGAAUUCAGUUUCCCAAUACCAGAGAAUGGCGGAACUAGACCCGCCAGUUCCAUUUUCUCAAACAUUGCCAAGAUACGAAAAUUUGGACGUUUCUUUGUGGAUGGAGGCAAUGAAUUCUUUAAUAAUAUGCUAAUGUAUAACGAACCUCAAGGAGUUCAAAACCUAAGACCAAUAUGUCUUGAUUAUUAUUUGUGGAAGCCUUAUGUUAUAAAAAGCCACUCAAAAGAGUUGGGAAUAGCCAAAACUAUGGCAACUCUGGAGGAAGUUAUACCCUUACCUGGCUAUAUACAACUUUAUCUCAACGAAGAUAGCUGCAAACAAAAAAUGUUCGAGCUACUUGAGAAACAUGACAAUUUCGAGAUAAAAGAUAUGGGAAACUAUUUUAAAAUUUAUACUUUUUAUGAAACCCAUAACUCCAUAGAGGAGUCCGAGCAAAUGUUCAUUUUACCCAGUCGUCUGUGUUUUCGGGACUUUACUUUAUUUCAAAAGGAAGAGUUUCUUGAAAAUCUCAUCACUCCAGAAAUGCGUAAAGCCUCUCUGGAAGAAGCCAGGAGACAAUCUCUGGAACAAGGUGGCCUUGAAAAGAAAAUGGAAAUGUUACAACUUGAUGAAGAGAUUUUCAUAAGACCCAAUUCGUUAAAGGCCUUAAAAUUGCUGGAAGCAAAAUCCAGUGCAGAUUCGGUGAGUCCACAAGCUAAGGAACGUCGCAGUAGUCGCCUUAAAAGUAGACAGUAUAAUAAGAAACUCUCCGUAAAAGAAGAUAGACGUCAGUCCCAGGAUUGGGUGGGGCUACCUCCCGGACAUCCCCUAUUGAAGGGCUAUAAUUUGGAGGAUAUACGUCAAGAAAUUAAAUUGAAAACCUCAAAAUAUUAUUUUGAUCAUGGCCAAAUGGAGUUGUAUGAGGAGAGAUGGUGUUUCCAAGACAUGAAUCAGACCCUGAAAUUCGCUAUAAAAGAUUGUCACUUGUUUCUCAAUCGUCCUCGGUUUCAGGAUAAGGGAAUCAGUAAUAAUAUUCGCCUGGAAACCCAAGAUAAUGUUAAUAUAAGAAUUUUCAAUGAAAUAGAAGCCAAUGCCCGCAUUGUCAUGAAUUAUCCCAAUGGGUUAAGUGUUUACCACCAUGAAAUGCAUUCUGAGCAGAUUUGGAGUAGUGAUUCCACAUUUAAUGGCGAAAGGCAACGAAUUGUAACCCCUUAUGGGGUGGUGAUUGUUUUCUUCAAAGUAAAUGAUGUUAUUGUCAUAAUGCGUUACAAUGGAGAAGUCUACAGAUUGUAUCAACACGAUCUGGAGGAGGGAGAGGAAGAUAAUAUUUUAAACGAAUUUAGCAAUAAUCAAAGCUCCGAGAAUAUAGAUCCAAAUGGCCAAGGAGAUUAUCAGCGAAAAAGGCUGAAAAUAAACAAUAAUGCCAAGCUGAACAAUGAUGCCAAGCUGAACAAUGAUGCCAAGUUGAACAAUGAUGCCAAGAAUUUCUCUAGCAGUGAUGCCACAAUUUUCAAUAACUCUUCAAACACAACUAAUUGGGGAGAAGCUUUGAAAGCUUCCAUUGAUGAUGAACUGAAGUUUCUUUUCCACAUUUGCACGUUAUAUAGACUCAGUUACAUGCACCUUGGAAUAACCACAUCUCAGGGAAAAAGGUUCCACGUAACCAGACAGGGGAAGGUUUUCGAAGAGAAACCCUGUAUCAUACAAGAAUGGCAUGAUUAUUUUGCCAACGAGAGCUACUGUCAACGUGACGAUGGUAUCAAAAUGAUUUGGACUAGUAACGCUCUCAGAUGUUAUCAUGCAGAGGGCACUGUUUUUACUACAGAAACUGAAGAGAAAACGCUCUCUUUUGGCUCAGAUGAAUUUGACAGCCAAAUUUCUCAAAGCUCUUCACAUAUUUUAUGUGAGGAAGAAGAAGAUAUUGAAAAUGGUUUGAAAUCUGAAAAUAUGAAACGUUUUCCCCAUUUCAAAGCCAUGAGCACAGAAUGCCCUGAAGAGUAUGAAGACGAGAGAUUCGUUAAUUAUAUUUGCAACAGGUUCUGGAUGCAGCAUGCUUCAUAUGCUGAGGUACAUACUAAAUGGUUGGACACUUCCGCUUCCAACCAGUCACCCAUAAUCAUGGAAAUUUUGGGUAUUAAUGGUAUUAUUUCAUAUACACUCCCUGGGGAUUCCAAUCAAAGGAACUCAUGCGAAAAGCAUUAUGCCAUGAAAGAUCAGGAAGGAGCCACUGAAAAAGCAAUGCAGUUAGUUGUUCACCUUUGGAUUGGAGAUUGCUUACAUUUUUCUGUGGAUGAGGAUGGUCUUGAGAUUUCUGUGAUAUUGGAACGAAAAUCUCUUUUAGAGGAUGAGCAGAAUAUUGAAAGGGAUUCCUUAGUGCUGCGAUUGUCAUAUGCAGAUUGUUUAACGGAUGUUUUCAAACAUUGGGUAAAUCAAAUUGCCACAUUUUACCAAUAUAAUGGUCAAAUAAAUAGGCAACUAUAUUUUGUGGAGAAACAGGGAAAGGGGUUUGAAUUCCUUGAAGCUUUGCCUCAAUCAUGUGGUUAUAUACUUAACUGUGGUAACUGUAUUUUUGAUGCCCAAGAAUUGAAAACCAUUAACGAAAUGAUGGAACACAAAAUCGAGUACUUUCAACAAGAUAUGAAGAAAUUUCCAAGGUUUCACUGCACUACCAGCAAAAAACCUAACAAAGAUGACAUUUAUUUUCCUAUAAUAAGUAGUCUAAGAGUUUAUUGCAAAAUACCAACCCAGCUGCAAAACUCCCAAAAUAUUUGCCAAUUUAUGGAAACACUUGAAAAUGUCGAAUUUAAAAAAUUGCAAUCUAAAAUGAAAGAACUUGUUGAAUUCCAUUUACGACCCCAAUCGGCUCUUAAAGUCAAACGAAAUUUUAGCAUCGCAGCAUGGCAAAAACGCCAUCAACAACACGAAAAGCGUAAAGCUGUGGAAUUACAAAGGAGGGGCCUGUAUCAUGCAAUGAUUAAACAUCGUAAAUAUCCAAAAUAUUUUGAUUUUAUGUCGAUCUAUGAAGGUCAUGUACGUUAUCUGAACUUCUUUGAAUUUCUGUUAUCAAAAUGUAAAAAUGAAGAAGUUAAGCGGGAAGAAGUAUAUUGGGAUUUGAAAAAAGAAACAAACAAUGUAAAUUCAUUAAACUCAAAAUCAAGACGUUCCAAAUCUUCUUGUAAAUAUGGUACUUAUGAUGAACCAUAAGAUUUCCGUUUUUA